GCUUUUGACGAAUCGCACGGGAGCCGGGGCGCUACCCACCCUCCGCUCGGGAGCUGAGUCGCUGGAGCGGAGACGCGUAAAGCGAAGAGUUCGGUCCAUCUCUGCCCGCAGCUUGCUAACCUCGCAGCAAGGCCACUGCGGGAAGAUGGCGACGGAAAAACCGAAACAUGAGGGAAGAGUUAAAAUUGGACAUUACAUUCUUGGGGACACACUCGGAGUGGGGACGUUCGGAAAGGUUAAAGUGGGCCAACAUGAGCUGACCAAGCACCAAGUGGCAGUGAAGAUCUUAAACAGGCAGAAGAUCCGCAGUUUGGAUGUGGUGGGAAAGAUUCGCCGGGAGAUCCAGAAUCUCAAGCUUUUCAGGCAUCCUCACAUAAUUAAACUGUAUCAGGUUAUUAGCACCCCUACAGAUAUCUUUAUGGUGAUGGAGUAUGUCUCAGGAGGAGAGCUCUUCGACUACAUCUGCAAAAAUGGGAAGUUGGAUGAAAAGGAGAGUCGUCGGCUGUUCCAGCAGAUUAUUUCAGCAGUAGACUACUGCCACAGACACAUGGUGGUGCACCGAGACCUCAAGCCUGAAAAUGUGUUGCUUGAUGCACACAUGAAUGCCAAGAUUGCUGACUUCGGUUUAUCAAACAUGAUGUCAGACGGAGAGUUCCUGCGAACAAGCUGUGGUUCUCCAAACUAUGCUGCUCCUGAGGUCAUCUCAGGGAGGUUAUACGCCGGUCCAGAGGUGGAUAUCUGGAGCAGUGGGGUCAUUCUCUAUGCCUUGUUGUGUGGGACACUUCCCUUUGAUGACGACCAUGUGCCAACACUCUUUAAGAAAAUCUGUGAUGGGAUCUUUUUCACCCCGCAAUAUUUGAACCCUUCAGUAAUAAGCCUCCUUAAACACAUGCUGCAGGUGGACCCCAUGAAAAGAGCUACCAUAAAAGAAAUCAGAGAGGAUGAUUGGUUCAAACAGGACCUACCCAAGUAUUUGUUCCCUGAGGACCCCUCCUACAGCAACAACAUGAUUGACGAUGAGGCCCUGAAGGAGGUAUGUGAGAAGUUUGAAUGCACGGAGGAGGAGGUCCUGGCCUGCAUAUACAGUCGCAACCAUCAGGAUCCGCUGGCUGUUGCCUACCACCUCAUCAUUGACAAUCGUCGCAUCAUGAGUGAAGCCAAGGAUUUCUACCUGGCGUCCAGCCCUCCCGACUCUUUUCUAGACGACCAGCACCUGACCUCGUCUGGUGCAGCUGUGGCCGGCAUUAUCAAGCCCCACCCUGAGCGCGUGCCCUUCCUUGUGGCGGAGACUCCUCCACGGGCUCGGCACACACUGGACGAAUUGAACCCACAGAAGUCCAAGCACCAGGGUGUUAGAAGGGCCAAGUGGCACCUGGGUAUCCGCAGUCAGAGUAGACCCAAUGAUAUCAUGUCGGAAGUGUGCCGUGCCAUGAAACAGCUGGAUUACGAGUGGAAGGUCGGGAAUCCAUAUUAUUUACGUGUGAGAAGGAAGAAUCCUAUUACUGGAAUGCAAACCAAGAUGAGCCUUCAACUCUACCAGGUGGACAGUAGAACCUACCUCCUCGAUUUCCGUAGCAUAGACGAUGAUAUGUUGGAGACAAAAUCUGGAACUGCUACCCCUCUCCGCUCUGGGUCUGUGGGCAACUACCGCACCACUAUUAAGAACGAUGUAGAUGGGGCUGACGCUCCACCUACAUCCAGCGUUGCGCAGGCCCCCAAGGCAGCAGAGGGCUCCUUAGCUUCAUCGUUGACCUCAUCCAUCGACUCAACGGGAGGGGGGGACAACGCGUCUGUCCCUCGACCAGGAAGCCACACCAUCGAGUUCUUUGAGAUGUGUGCAAAUCUUAUUAAACUUCUUGCACGAUAACUUGCAAAACAAUCGCUAGCCUUUUUUCCUCUCCGAGUGUCUUUAUAGCAAUAAGCAUGCAACCGAUUCAUGGCUCAAUUCAUCCCGGCUGAGGAUGAAGUGAUUGUUCCAUGGCACUGAUGCAGGUUGGCGUUCCCUAAGCUGAAGGGAUAUAUACUGAGCUGACAGGGAAUGCAAGGGGUUAUUGGAAAAGAUGAAUGACAAGCUACUUAAUAGCUAGGACAGAACAACAUUUAGGACGGGCGUUUUACAAUUUCCUGAUCAAUUUAAUAGUAAAUGUCCACAUCCCACCCGUACAUAUAUGCGCAAGUGAUUACACUGAAUUCUCUGUACUGUAGCCAGUGAGCACUGCUUUUCAGUACAGAGAACAAGACCAAGUUUUUGCCUGCAGAGAAGGAAGCCGCACGUUAAGGGUUAGGUAGUUAGGUGGCAAACGUAUAGGAUGCGGGAAGCACUUUUGCACAAGUUUCUUUUAUUUCCUGCUGCUCUUGUUUUUCUCUCAGUGGGGAUCAGAGAAGUGGUUCAGAUGUAUCGGGGUGCUGCACUGGCUAUAACUAGGGUUGUCAUGCCCUUCACAUUUAUUGGACUACAAGAAGUGCAAUGACCCCUGUAUUUCUGUCUUGUGUCAGGGAUAAAAGAACGCUUCAUCAGAUUUAAGUUUGGUUUUCUUUUUUGUGAAUCUGAGUUGUCAGAGACUAAAUUUUCAUAGUUUUGUCCUUGUUGUAAAAAAUUGUUUGAAUUUGUCUGUCCCCAACAUUUUUAUAUAUAAAGACAUGAAUAUAUUUAUCAGUGCGUUAAGUGGACAGAGUGUUGGUUCUAUUGGAAAUGGAUUUGGUUUUUUUUUCUUUCUUGCAUUAAGAUCUAUUGCUGGAUGGUAUAUAUUUUCCUUUUUUACUGUCUUGUUUUUAAAUCAAUAUCACAGUUAUGUUUUCUUCAAUCACAGUUAUUCUGAUACUUGAUCGUCUUUCCAGAUAAAUAUAGCCUGCUUUUACCAUUUAUGAGAAAUUUUUUGCCAUGACAGUCAAAAUCUAGAAUUAUCAUUUUCAGUGUCAUAUAUUAAAAUGACAAGUAAAUUUUGACUUUUUUGUUGUGUUUUCUCUUUUUUUUCUGUCAUUAUUUCCUUUUUGUAGAUUAAUGAUUAGGAUUUGAAAAUGAUUACUGAGUGAAAUGUCUGUUGCCUACAUUCAAUUCGUAAAUGCCAAUCCAUCACAAGUGUAUAGGCCUCAGGGCUCAAUUUGAAAAUGAGUAGUAGCAAUUACAUGCAGUGCAUGGACAGUGUCUAUUGGCAGGUGAAUACAUCCAAAAUAUUGUCAUGUUUGGAUAUGUUUUUUUUGAUUGCCCAUACAUUCCCUUGAAGGUUGACGUUGAAAAAAGGGUCAAAAAUGUUUAAACCUGAAACAGACUUGUGAGCUUGUAAUUAUUAAGUCCUACUGGGUAGGUCACAGUUCUGACAAAUAAUAAAAACCUCACAAGCAUUAACAUCA